GCCUGGAGACGGCGGAAACGUUUGGGCGCAGCAGCGAUGGAGAAGUACGAGAAAAUCAAAGUUGUUGGAAGAGGAGCUUUCGGGAUUGUUCACCUGUGCCGCAGGCGCAGCGACGGGGCCUUUGUCAUCCUGAAGGAGAUCCCGGUGGAGCAGAUGUCACGAGACGAGCGUCUGGCAGCUCAGAACGAGUGUCAGGUGUUGAAACUGCUCAACCAUCCAAAUAUUAUAGAGUACUAUGAGAACUUCCUGGAAGACAAGGCCCUCAUGAUAGCAAUGGAAUAUGCUCCAGGUGGGACCUUGGCUGACUACAUACAGAAGCGCUGUAACUCUCUGCUGGACGAGGACACCAUCCUUCACUUCUUUGUGCAGAUCUUGCUCGCUCUGUACCACGUUCACAACAAGCUCAUCCUGCACAGGGACCUAAAGACACAGAAUAUUCUUCUCGACAAGCACCAGAUGAUCGUCAAAAUCGGUGACUUUGGCAUCUCCAAAAUCCUCGUCAGCAAGAGCAAAGCUUACACAGUGGUUGGGACCCCUUGCUACAUCUCCCCAGAGCUGUGUGAGGGAAAGCCGUAUAACCAGAAGAGUGACAUCUGGGCUUUGGGCUGUGUGCUGUAUGAGCUAGCAAGCCUCAAGAGAGCCUUCGAGGCUGCUAAUCUCCCCGCCCUCGUUCUAAAGAUCAUGAGCGGUACUUUUGCUCCGAUCUCAGACCGAUACAGCCCAGAACUCCGACAGCUCAUCCUCAACAUGCUCAAUCUGGAUCCAUCCAAACGGCCUCAACUCAAUGAAAUAAUGGCUCUCCCCAUAUGCAUCAGGCCCCUGCUUAACCUCUACACAGAUAUAGGCAAUGUGAAAAUGCGCAGAAUUGAGAAACCUCUCUCUACUGUGCAAACUGGUCCUCAGGGUAGACCAGGAGGGAGAGUUCCUGCCAACAGGUCAAGAGACAGAUCAGUCGGUUUAGGAUCAGCAAAGGUGCAUUCUCUCCCGCUGUCCUCCGUGUACACGUGGGGAAGUGGCAUCUCGACGCCUCUCCGGCUGCCAAUGCUCAACACGGAAGUGCUUCAGGUGUCUCUGGGCCGCACUCAAAAGAUGGGAGUAACCAAGUCUGGCCGUCUGAUUACAUGGGAGGCUCCAUCAGUGGGGUCCUCUGAGGCGAGUCUUCCUGGUGUGGUGGAGCAGAUGCAGCCUCAGUUCAUUUCUCGCUUCCUUGAGGGUCAGUCUGGAGUUACCAUCAAAUCUGUGUCCUGCGGCGAUCUCUUUACCACCUGCAUGACAGACAGGGGCAUUAUCAUGACAUUUGGAAGUGGAAGCAACGGCUGUCUAGGACACGGGAACUUCAAUGAUGUAACACAGCCCAAGAUUGUGGAGGCUCUCCUUGGCUAUGAGCUCGUUCAGGUGUCUUGCGGUGCUUCCCACGUUCUCGCUGUGACCAAUGAAAGAGAAGUAUUUGCCUGGGGAAGAGGAGACAAUGGUCGCCUCGGGCUCGGCACCCAGGACACCCACAACUGUCCACAGCAGGUGUGUUUGCCUGGCGACUUCGAGGCUCAGAGGGUGGUGUGUGGAGUUGACUGCUCCAUGAUUAUCAGCAACCAGCACAGCAUUGUGGCAUGUGGAAGCAACAGGUUCAACAAGCUUGGCCUGGAUAAGAUCACAGCUGGAGAGGAACCAAAUCCCGCGAAUCAAGUGGAAGAAGUUCAUUCUUACGCUCCAGUCCAAUCGGCCCCGCUCAACACUGAGAAGAUUGUUUACAUUGACAUCGGAACGGCGCAUUCUGUCGCUGUUACAGAAAAUGGUCAGUGUUUCACCUUCGGCAGCAACCAGCACGGUCAAGUUGGCUCCAGCUCCCGUCGUAGCAGCCGUGUCCCCUACCUGGUGCCUGGCCUGCAGGGUAUCACCAUGGCUGCCUGUGGGGACGCCUUCACCUUAGCCAUAGGAUCUGAAGGGGAAGUGUACACAUGGGGAAAGGGGGCCCGCGGCCGCCUGGGAAGAAAAGAGGAGGAUUCUGGGAUACCGAAGCCGGUGCAGCUCGACGAGAGUCACCCGUUUACGGUGACAUCGGUGGCUUGUUGUCAUGGCAACACCCUGCUGGCAGUGAAACCUCUGCUCGAGGAGCCUGUCUCCAGAUGAUCAUAUCCUGAAAAAUAACCCACUCAGCGGCCGUCGUGAGGCCCGGCAGUGGACUGAGGAGGGGGACAGCUUCCGCCUACAUAUCCAUCUGUGCCAAAGUUGAAAGAUUUCUAUUCACUCUGCAGCUGCAGCCUCAGCCUUUCACUCUCGAUCUUUUCUAUCUAUUUUUUUCUUUCAGGUGUUUUCAUUUGAUGGCUUGAUUUCAUGGAGCAAAGCACAGAAAAAGGUCAGAGCCUAUCUGUUGCAGCAGGUUUUAUCUCACAUCAGGUCGUUUAAAGGAAUGUUGCAACACAGAUCCUGAAGCUGGAUUACAGGAAGUCAUUAGGCAGGGCUCAUGUGGUGAGCCAUUGUCUGCUCUCAUGUGCAGCAUGAGCACAAGAAGGCCAAGAAAGACCAUUAAAAGGUCAAACUGUUUUGAGCUCUCUUGAGCUACGGAUGAAUGAGAUGAAAAGAAUGAAGCCACUUGAGCGUUCAUCGGCCAAAUUAAGUGAACACAUGUAUGUCCGUCACAUCAGUGGUCGCUUUGCGAUUUAUUGGAUUACAGCGGCGCUGCCACCACAUAACGACCCCUCGAGCUGUGUGUGAAGCACUCGCUCGUUCACUUUUGUAAGAUAAACAGCAGUUCAAUGAGAGGAGUGAAGGAGAUUUCAGACUGUUUACUGAGUGUAGCAGAUAGAGGUGAGCGUGCUGUGCUGUUUUUAUUCCAGCGCAGGACUUCGAACAGCGUGCAAAGUUCACAGUUUGGACUCGCAGACAGUGGUGAACAGUUAAUGAAGCGCUUCAUACGGUGAACAGGGAGCUACUUCAGGCGCAGCUUUUUUUUAAUAUUGUAUCAGCAUUCUCAUUGCAACUCAUUGAAAUCUGCAUGUUUGUGUGAUGACCAAAAACAAACGCUGCCAAAGUGUCCAGAGUGCAGCAGUACAGCUGCAAGUAACAACAGUUUUAACCUUAGAAUAAAUAACAGCUGUAAGGCCAAAGUGAACAACCACGGGCUCCGUGGAUCAGAGACAAACAAGUCAGUUAUGAAUAUGUUUCUUCUCUCGAUCAUCAGGCCAGACUGAGACUGAGAAAAUGUACCAUUUUUUUUUAACUUCUGCCUCCUCAAAACUGUAAAUUAAGAGAUGCAAAUGAAGUGUCUAGAGAAGUACCAGGUGGCAUCUUCACCGAAUUCGCCUCCUCUGUAAACUUCUAUAAAAGGCACCAGGACCUGGCACCAGUCUGUUUCCGAUGCAGAGACCUCCGUGGUACUAAUGUCUUCUGCCCAAUGGAAAUACCACAGCGAGGAAAAUCUCCAUAUAAAUUUAUACUGAAGUAAAUAAAGACAAAAUACACUGUUUGGACAAAAAAAGUCAACACCUGCAUUUAACUGAGGACAUGGGUAAGAGCCUUCCACUGGAUUGGAGGUGCAUGAUCAGUAAUGUUAUGUGCCCAAAAAGUGACAUCAGCUGAUCACCUGGAUAUGCUGAAUGAGCAGGUUUUUCUAUCAGUCUUCACUUCCCUCAUGGCACCGGCAUAUUCCGAGAUGACAGUACCAGGAAAUAUGAGGCGUCAUUUUCACGCAUGGAUUGGCCCCCACAGAGUCCAGAUCUUAACUCCACUGAGAAUCUUUGGGAUGUGCUGAAGAAGACUUCGCGCAGCGGUCCAACCCUCCCAUCACCAAUCCCAGAUCUUGGUGAAAAAAAUGAAUGCAGGUCUGAGUGGAAGUAAAUGUGACAGUGCAUGAGCUUAUCGGAACGACAUGAUGGUGAAAGUGUGCCAUCGUCAAAGCUGAAGCAGGACCAGGCAGUGUAAGGCUGAAGUUUGUGAUAUUUUCUUGUAAACAUCAAGGUGAUGUCUGAUGGUUGCACGUUGAUAGGUAUUUCUGAUGACACCAAAUAUCUGACAGUGCUAAAAUAUCAUUCCAAAAAUUCUUUGAUCAGUUGUGACUACCUGCUGGAUUUGCUCCAACAGGUAGUCACUUCUAAGUUGGGCUAAAACCCACCUCUGGUAAAGAUUUUAAUGCAUGUAUGUCCAUAACCUUUUAAGUGAUCCUGCACAUUGACAAGCAAGUGAACAAACCAAACACAGAGGGAUAAUAAAAUACAAAUACAAGUCAAGUACAAGUGCCUCAAAAUGUUUGUGUCCACUGCUGCUCAAGGAGGUGAAUCUUUUGAAUAUGUAUGUCUUUUUACAUUUAUAUUCACA